UGUCCGAGACUGUUCCGAUUGCAAAGAGUUUGAACAUGACGCCCGUUUGCCCCCAGAUCCAACAAGCAAUUCAUGGUUUCCGGAGUCCUCAAAGAAGAGCAGGCAUAUCAAAAUGCCAAAGCGAAGCAUCCGAAGUAGACCAAGGUCCCACACACAGCGCCCAUGCGGACUAGAAGGACCAACUUGCGCGUCGUCAAAGAGGUGGCCUUUGACGGUCACCGAUUCGAAAUCUCCAUCUCUCGCAAGAGGCGCAACAACGCACUGGGCGACGCCUCUGUGACCUCGGACAGCGAUUCAGAUGAGUACCAGCCGGACAGCUCUGAAACGGACUCAGAAGAUGAACUGGAAGACGAGCAUCGCCUAAAACGCGUCAAACUUGCGAGACAGACAUCAAGGCCUUCAGAAAGUGACAAUGACUCCGAAACGGUCGAUCAAUUAUCGAAGGGUCUGCCUCUCAGACAAACUCGUGCAGCUUCGAUGAACCCGCAGAGGUCGGCUGGAUUGAACAGGACCCGUCAGAAACCCAACUCGCAAACGAAAAGGAAGCGGUCCCCCAGCUGUGGUUGCGCGGAGCACUCGUCAAGCCCGGAGAGAAAUGGCGCGCAACAGAGAAGGCGGCUAGGGAAGAAAUCAGCGAAGAGAGCAAGAAUAUCGACGUCAAUUGCACAUGCAGAGGAGCCAUCGCCUGUAAUCAAGCAAGAGCGAGCAGAGGAGGAUGCACUCUCUCAGGCUCGGGCGCGGAGUAUGGAGCUGCUUGCCAAUCUUCAGGAGGUGAAGCAGUGGUUGGAAAAUGCGAACAUAAGGAAAGGUGUGUAGAAACUGCUGUCUUGUAAACUUCGAUUCUGAUAAGGGAUUAAUGCUAAGUUAGAUGUUCCAGUGCACAUUCGAGAUGGUCCUCAUCCGACGCGGGCGUGAAGGGGUAGCGGGGUGAUACUGGUGCUUUUGAGGCGAAAAAUUCCGCAAACGAUCGAUGGCCUGUUGAGUUGGAGUUCUAUUGCUUGGAUGUACAAGUGUAUAAGGAGAAUAUCAAGGUAUUGCGGAACUCCUGUUGUGUCGUGUUUUGGGUUUCGACGGGAAUAGAGACGUAUACUGUGCUUGUGUAGCCUGUCUGCGGCAAUCGCUAGUACAGAUAGUUCUUUCCCAACUGGGUUUAGCGUGUUCAAUUGUGAAGCAUCGACAGCUGCACCCUAUCAUCACUUU